UUUUUUUAUAAUUUUUCAGCCCAUUUAGACUCAGAAAAAUGCACACUUGAUCAUUUUAUGGCUUUGACGUUAAUCAUUUCUGAAAUCGAUAUACGACAAGAGUCUGCGCAAAUUUAUGGAGCUCAUGCUAUUUUGGAUCUGAAAGGUUGUAGUUUGCUACAAUUAGGUCAACUUGCAUCCAUAAAACGUAUAAAGGUAUUUGCCAGUUAUAUACAGGAAAGUUGGCCUGGAAGAAUAAAGGGCUUGCAUGUCAUUAAUGAGCCAUUAUGUGUGCAUUAUCUUUGUCAUUUUCUGCGAUCUCUCUUAUCUGAAAAAUUAAGAGAAAGAUUUCAUGUAUACGGUGAUGAUAUAAAAUCUCUGCAAAAGUAUAUUAGUCCAGAUGUCCUUCCUGCAGAACUCGGAGGAACUGCCGAGCCGAUCAACGAUUGUGAAUACAAGUCUUACAUUCUGAAUCAAGAACCUUACUUUGAGAAACUCAAUCAAUAUGGUUUCAGAAGCAAUUUUGUAAUCGAUGAAACUAUUUAAUAUAUUGCUUUUAAUUCCUUUCCAAUAUUCCCCAUUUUUGUGAAUAAUUAUGUAGCUCAAAUUUUGUAUAAUGUAAAAUUUGUAUUUUGUAAAAUAAAUGCUACACAAAAAAGAA